AUGUUGAUACGAACCCUAAGCCCUUCCCGCGUGCCAGAAACCGGAAUGCUGUUGGGUUAUCUCCACCGAACUGUACGUCAACCGUUGAUUCACCAGUUGGGGAAAAAGGUUGCCCUCCGCCCCCGCAGGGGGCAGUUUGGCUCCAUCCACCCAUCACAAGAGCAACCGGCUGCCGGCUGUGACUCAAAGAGACGAGGAAUGUCCAUCCUCUUUCUUGAACACACGGCGAUAGUACUUACGUUGCGGCGUUUCGCCGCAAAAACUUAUCCGCACGUCACGGCACACAGUGCAGUUUCCCCGUCCCACAUUCACAUCCGGCCGCUUCCCUGCGCCCCAAAAAAGUUAUCGCGGGACGACCGGACGACACCUACCCCUUGGUGUGCGCUAAGCCCGUCCCCUCAGUUGACGACAGAGAUUCUGCACUUUAUUGGCACGCGCUUGGUAUCUGCAACGACAAAAAACGUGGUGGGGAACCCCCACCGCAAUAUUCAUCAAAAAAAAAAAAAAGCUGGCGUUGUACGCGACACAACUUGCUAA